UCUCUCCACUUUGUGACUAGCUAUUGAACAAUGGCUGGAAGUUGGGGUUUGGGUCAGAUUUUGGCAGUUUGUGCUUUGUGUCAUGCUGUUCCUCAGCGGAAUGAUCUGCCCCAGAACACUCAAGCUCUGAUGUUCCAGCAGACUGACCAGCGGUUUCAGAAGCUAGUUCAACAGCAAACGCCAGUUCAACAGCAAACUGACCAGUGGUUUCAGAAGCCAGUUCAACAGCAGACUGACCAGUGGUUUCAGAAGCCAGUUCAACAGCAGACUGACCAGCGGUUUCAGAAGCCAGUUCAACAGCAAAUGCCAGUUCAACAGCAGACUGACCAGUGGUUUCAGAAGCCAGUUCAACAGCAAACUGACCAGCGGUUUCAGAAGCUAGUUCAUCAGCAAACGCCAGUUCAACCGCAAACUGACCAGCGGUUUCAGAAGCUAGUUCAUCAAAUAUAA